AUCCUUUUAGCUGGAAAAAUACAAAUCGGAAUGCGAAAAGAUCUGGCACCACGAAGGCGAUUUGAGACAAAAAUUUGCGAAGAGAAUAUCUAAGAAACCUACACCAAACUUGUACAGACUUUAUGGGCCUGAAAGCAAGCAAGAUGAAGAGCAGGAUGGCUUGAUUGUGAGAAAAGAUCUUAUCCCAAGUAUUUUGCAGAGUGCAACAGGUACCAAGAGCCUUUGGGUCCAAAAUGUUCUGAACAAAAGUUCUUGCGACGUCAUCCACAAGGAUAAACCAGUGGACACAAGAAUGCAUCAGCCACUUAAGACUAUUGGUCUUGACGAGUAUUCCAGGCAGACUUACAGCGUUGGCGAGUUGGCAGUUAGGAAAACGCCCGCACCACCCGUCGAGAUAAUAAAACCAGUGCCUGAAUACGUAUUCUGCUUGCCAGAACAAAUUAACUUCGUUAACUUCACUCUGGGACAUACUCAUACUCAACAUCUCCGAUUGAUCAACGUCUCGAAGUUUGAAAUUCGUCUAUCUGUGUCACUGCCGAAGCGUACUGAGCUCAAAGUAGAACUUUCCGGUUCUCGUGGUCUACGGGUCACUGCCGGCUCAGCUACUGAAUUAAAGAUACACUUCCACCCAAACGACGUGCGCGCUUUUCAUGACGAGCUGCGUAUACGCACCUCUUUGGGCAAGGGCUUGCUUGUGCCAAUCACCUGCUACAUGGAGCCGCCCGAGUUGCACAGUGAGUCAUUACAAUCUUCAUAUACUUCAUCACCAUAA